AUGACAUCCCCAUCACCACAGGUUAAGAGCCGAGCAAAAGCACGGAUCUGUAAUCAUUGCGGCCGAGGCUUUCGCCGCACAGAACAUUUGGAGCGCCAUGUGCGAACUCACACCAAAGAGAAGCCGUUCAUUUGCUUCUGUGGGUCUGCAUUUACUAGGCGCGAUCUUCUAAAGCGACAUAAUCGAAUUACACACCAAGAUGCCCUCACAUCGCCCGAUUCACAACCGGCGCUGAAGGCGGAUCUUCAAAGACCCCACAGUGUGACACCUGCAGCCGUUCCGCAAUACGAUGCACCCGCCCGUCCAGUAGGAUCAAUCCCGGAAGCUUCCCCCGUGCAUCAGUGGCCUGCUACCCAGCAUGGUCACGUAUCAUAUCUAUCACCAAGCCAUGGCGGCAUGAUGCCUAGCCAUCCUACUGCUCAUUCUGCGCCGGACAAUCAUCCAGGCAUGCAUGACCCGGCGAUGCUUCAAGCGGCACAAUUGCUCCUUCCUGGAGAUUAUCAGGCCCCUGCACUACCUUACUUGCCAGAAGAUCUCAACCAUUUUCAAGAAUUCACACACUUUUUAGAUUCCAUUGGUCUUCCAGCGGAAUGGCUCCCUGCCGAAGGCGAAGCCGCCCAAAUACAGGAUGUUGGCCUUGAGGAUGUGCAAAGGCCUCCUCAACCACAAGAGCAAUCAAGGCCUCCAAACCCCCGAGAGGAGUCGCGUGGCGACUCUCCUUUCCGGUCAUGGCUACCAUCAGUGCCGAGGGGCGACCAGAGCUUAACUUCAAUUUCGGACACAGAACCACCGCAUGCCACCAAAUCAUCGCGAUUUAAUGUUUCCGAGGAUCAACGAUUUCGACUUGCUGCUUCCCUCGAGGAUUUUCGCAAUGUUAUUCCCGAUUUCACCCUUCCAUCUCGCCACACCUUAACACGUUAUCUCACAUCAUACUUUGAAGGGUUUCACCCUCAUAUCCCUUUUAUACACAUUCCGACAUUUCGUUUCAACGAGUGCUCUCCAGAAUUAAUAUUGGCGAUAAUGACGAUCGGAGCGCAAUAUCGAUUUGAGCACCGGACUGCAGAAAGGAUCUUCCAUGUAUCCAAAGCAGUUUUAUAUGAGCGCAUGUCAAGAGAAUCCCAAGCUGCAGCGCAAGGAUUCUCAGUGCCUGUAGGAAGGCCUUACUCAGAAUCAAGAAAGGAUCAGCGGGGCACGCUAGUAUCCAGCACCUCGAGGCAGAUGGAGGUUAUUCGCUGUCUCCUUGUUCUCAUGGGCUACGCCACCUGGGAGCGAGCAGGGCUGGUACAGGAGGCACUUCAACUUCAAGCUCAACUGGUUCAAAUGCUUCGCGAGGCUAGCUUGACUGAACCAUCGUCCGAUCCACACGCAUUAUCCACGGACUGGUACGAAUGGGCUGACCAAGAGUCGGUCCGGCGCACCAAACUGAUCUCCUUCUGCUUCAUACAUAUCCAUAGCAUCGCGUAUAACGCUUAUCCUUCACUUCGGAGUAGCGAAAUCCAUAUGCGACUUCCCUCCUCUACAAAGGAGUGGACGGCAACAAAUGCGGCCGAAUGGGAAGCUGCUCAACGAGAGAGAGGGCCUCAGCAACUUUUCUUCCAGGAUGCAUUGACACUUUUGCUUCAGAAAUCACGAUCAGCAGUACCACUCAAUCCUAUUCCUUCACCCAUAGGAAACUAUAUUCUUCUUCAUGGCCUGCUUCAGCGGAUUCAUAUCGUCAGCGAGCUGUCAUUGCCCAAUGGAAACCACUCCACUUCUCUUCCAACCGAAGAGUUGAACAAGAUCGAGCGGGCUUUACGCUCCUGGACAACGGUUUGGCAACAAGCUCCCGAGUCCAGCCUGGAUCCACACAAUGCAAACGGCCCUAUCCCAUUCACAUCAAGUGCACUUCUAGGCCUUGCCUAUGUUCGAUUAUCCUUGAACCUCGGCCCGUACCGUCGUCUCGAAACACGAGACCCAUUGAUCAUAGCCUCUGCUCUCUACCGUUCCCCCAAGCCAGAAAGAAGCUAUCGCCUCAUCCCGGCAUUAAUAUACGCAGCACAUGCUCUGAGCAUCCCGGUACGCUUGGGAAUCGAUCACAUUGCUCGCAGUCAGGCAUUCUUUUGGAGUGUACGUCACUCACUGGCCAGUCUGGAAUGUGCUGUAUUGUUGAGUAAAUGGCUUUUCACGCUUGCUGAAGCCGCCCCGGAUCAGGCACUCAGUGAAAAUGAAAGUCGAAUCCUUCGUUGGACCCAAUGUAUCGUGGAGGAGGCCUUUUCUUCUAUAGAUCUGGACGACGAAUCCGAGGCCCCGCCUAACUUGGAGCCGGCAUCAUUAGGAAUGGCCGUUUUAAGACUGUGGGCAAGAUUAUUCAAGCGCAAUGCACAAUGGCCUUUUAUCAACACUCUUGGCCAAAGCUUGGAGAGAUACAUGGCCAUGAUUUGA